AUGCCGAUAAGCUACACCAACAGCUCAUCUUUCAAAGCAAGCUAUGACAGCGGGUGUGCCAAAGCUGAUGGAGACUUUGGGAUACCUGAACGAUGCUAUUGCGGCCUUCGAUGUAGAUUGGAAGAGUCUACAGCUCCAGAGACGUUUGGCAGGAAGUUCUAUAGUUGCCUUGAUAUAUUAGGCGAAUGUGAUAAACCGGGUCACAUCUCCAAAUGGUGGGUUCUAGCCAUUGAAGAGCAGUUGACCAUUCUUCAAAUACGAAUUGACAAGCAGAGCGAAAGCAUGUUCCGUGACAACCGAACAGCCCUUCUGCAAUCAUAUGAGAAUCGGCUGUAUGCAUUGGAGGAUCGCCUUGCUGCAACCGAGAAGACCAUUAGCGAGAUCGAGGAGUUCAUAGGGUUCAUUCAGAGUGAAAUUGCUGGAGUGAAAGAAGCACUUGCUAAUCGAGGCCGUGAGUUAAGGAGGUCAGAACAGCCAAUGGAAAACCCAGAGUUCCCCCCGCGUCUCUUCUCGAAAGGCGAUGAGCCGUCUCCGCUGAAAAGCAUCGGUUACUAUAGCGGUGAGACGAAGCUGAUGACUGCACUCGAGGAAGCACUCACACAAGAUGAGUGGGAAGAGAUAUUGAACUCUAGACUGGGAGUGUUCCUGAAGUUCAGUCAGUUGGAUUUCGGCUGGGCAUCUAGACUGGUGCAUUACAUUCUCGGCAUGCAGCUAGUUUGCAAGAAAAAAUUUGAGAUUUGGAGCCUCGUAGGUCUAAUCCCGAUCCGCUUUUCUUUGAAUGAGUUCGAACAUAUUACUGGCUUGAAUUGCGAGUACGUCGACAACCUCGAGGAUCCGGUGGUUGAGAUAACUGAUGAGAUGAAAGAUUUCUGGGAGCGAUUGGGAGUCAAUCAGGAGUUGGGCCCGAGCACUGAAGACUUGAUAGAAGCUUCUACUUGGGCUAGGUUGGCAAGGCUUGUGAUGGAUUUAGAAGCGUUUGAGAACUACCCUUGGGGAAGAGUGGCCUUCAAAAACCUGAUGCGGUCGGUGAAGGAGAAAGAAAUUUGGAAGUCGUCGUACACCAUUGAGGGGUUUGUUCAAACACACAUUAACAACUACGUUGUUAAGGAAUUCUUCGACAUGUUUCCGCGCUGGGAAAUUGAAGACGAUGAUGAAGAAGACGAGAGGACUGACAACAUCAUCAAAGCGAUGUAUGGUCAUUUUGGCCCUAAACAAUGGACAUGGGAAAGGAGUCAUUGGCCUCCAACAGGUGUGACCAAGUAUGUCAAGUCCGAAGGGUCUGUCGAUCUGAAGAGGCGAUCGGAAUCAGUUGGUGAUCAAGGAAGUCGGAAGCGGUUCUGCCCAGCCUCUGGUGAGGAAGAUGAGUCAAUGGUCACGAUUCUGAAGGACUACAUGGACGACUGCUUCAACAAGAUGAUGGAUGGGUUGAGUAGUUGUGAAUCUCAGAUCAAACUACUCAACACAAAGUUGGGAACGGUGGAGCAGAAAUUAGAGGUUGUGAUCCUCCAAGCUGGGACCGGAGGUACAAAGGAGGAUGUGGCUCAGACUGGGGAAGCAGACGCCGAGGGCGCAAAACCUGUUGGCGACGAUCAAACAGACGCGGACGCCGAUCAUAAUAUCGGGAGUAAUUUUAUGUCUAAGCAAAAUGAACAAACUGAUGUCCCAAGUGAGAGCGUGAACGAUGGUAAGCAGGGAACUCCAGAGCCAAGCGUCGUUAUGGUUGAUCCAGCAAAAUGCGACAUCGACUUCGAUCAGGUCCAGAAAGAUAAACACGAGAAAGGCAAGAAGGCGGCACAACUGGUUGCUCGUGCGAAGAGUGAACGUCUGCGAAAGUUGGCUCCUACACAACAAAGCCCUUUCAAACCCAACAACACAGCGAAGGAAAUAAUCCCAAACAAAAAUGUCCGAGGGUGCGGAUAUGAUCCGUUUGAUAUGAAACACAUGAAGCAAAAGAUCGGUGUGCUAACUGAUUGUCUGAAAAAAGAUCCGGCAUAUCCGAAGCGGGUAAAAUGGUCAUCCGUGGACUGGUACUUCAUUCUAAGAGUUCCUAAACAAUGGCUAGCAGACACUAGGUACAAGUACAAGGAGUUCGUAGACUCUCACGCCAACCCUGAUGGUUCAGGCAAGCUCCUUCCAGCUGGCUCGUUCGAGUACUACACUGGCGCAGCCCCAACCUACUGCGUUAGUAACAAGACGUGGGGGUAUGAUGUGGAUGACCUCCAUGCGAAUACUCAUGCAUCGGAUAUUCAGAUUGAGGCUGCUGUGACUCCUAUUACCGUCUUGGUUCCCUACAUACUCCGUGAGUGUGCACCUGCUGAAGACCGUAUCAAUCUGACUUAUGAUCCAUUCACGUGGGAGCGAAUCAAGGGGCAUUUGAUCUCAUAA